AUAUAUUAUUAUAAAGUAUAUAGCUUAUACAUGUGUAGUUAUAUUUUUUAACAUAAAUACAUACUUUUAAUAAUAACGUAAUAUAUGCCAUAGUAUUUAUUUUUUUUAAAUUUUAUGUACUUAUAUUUGUGGUAUCUAAAAGUAACGGAAAUGAGAAUACUAGUAUGAAACAAUAGUCGAUUUGUUAAUUAUGAUAUGUAUCAUAACAUUUUGAUUUAUUUCAUCUUUAAAAAUACGUUAAAGUAAUAUAGCAAACUUAAUUAUUCGUUCACAUGAUAACAUAAAAAUAUAAUAUAUGUAUUAUUUUUAUAUUUAAGUUAGAUAUUAGGGUAUGUCUAAUCAAAUUCACUAUAAAUCUUAUCUUUACAUCUACGAAGAUUACAAAAUAAAAUGCUACUAUCGAGAAUUUUUGAUAGACAAUAGAAGUUCUCUUUCGAUAUAACAAUUGAAAUAUUACUCAAAUAUCACUUACAUUUAACCUUACGUGCUACGAAUACUUAAUUAAUAACGAAAAAAAGUUGCUUUACCCUUGCUAUUAAACGAUGAUCGAGCAUAUAUGUAAAUUGUUCUCAAAAAGAGAAACAAAGUUUUCUUUUAUAGUUGCAGAGUCAUCGACUUUCAAAAACAUAUGGACAACCUGGUGCGGUAUUAACAAAUACACUCCAAAAUUUGAUCUUUACAUGGACAGCAUGGCUGCAAUGACCGCUGAAAAAAUGAGGCAUGCUGGAUCUAAAUAUUGGUGGAUAAUACAUCCAUUUAGUUACGCUAGAUUAAUAUGGGAUACCUUGAUGGUGGCAAUAUAUUUGCUUGCUUUUUUUACAAUCCCUUUUAUGGUUUGUUUUGUUAUAAUGGAUUACGAAAUAAUUCGUCUGGAUAUAGUAAAUAUUCCAAUUUAUGCGAUCUGCUGGUUAGAUAUAAUAUUUAACUUUAUCACGGGAUAUUAUGACGAAAAAACUACUUCUAUUGAGUUGAAACCUAUCAAGAUACUUAUGCUCUAUUUGAAAAGAUUUCUUGUGCCAGAUAUGCUGUCAUCUUUUCCGUAUGAUCAUAUAACACUGCGAUGGCGAAGAUUACCAGGAAAUAAUCCUUAUUAUGUUGUUAUUUUAAUUAAUAUCAUGCCCCUUAUAAAAUUGACACGCUAUUAUACUUUCAACUCAAAUAUUUAUUAUCUGUUUAUGCAUUUUGAAAUAAAACAUUUUUAUUUUGAAUUAUGUACCACUCUAUUGCUAGGAUUAUACUUAAUCUUCUGGUUUUCUUGCUUGUGUUACUUGAUGCCAAUUUUACUGAUGUACUUUGUCAAUAUUCCACCAGCGGAAUGCGAGGAUUGUUGGAUGAUAAAAUUGGAGGAAGAUAGCAGUCUCAAAUUCAGAUUAAAAAACGCCGCGUUUAUUGUACUGGAAAAUAUAUUAGCAAGUGGCUACGGCCCGUUCGUGCCGGAGACAGAUAAGCCCCUUAUUUUCAAUAGCAUUCUUAUGAUUAUCGGCAGGUUUAUUGUCUGCUAUAUGUUGAUUAUGUUGCUUCGUAUUAAAGUUGAAAGAAAAUCAUCUGAAUCAAAAUUUCAAGGAUUAAUAGAUCAAGUAAAAGCAUACACGAGACAAAAGCAAUUAUUGCCACACAUGAAGAAACGUCUCCUAGCUUAUUAUCGUUAUCGUUUCAAAAAUACUUACUUUCGCGGUAAACGGAUUUUAUUAGAUUUGACAGAACCGCUACGUGAAGAAAUUGCGCUUCAAUCUUGUCGACGAUUGAUUGAAAACGUAGCAAUCUUUAAGAAUUUGCCAAAAAAUGUUUUACAAUUAAUAGUCAAAAACUUAAAAUUUGAAUUAUAUUUGCCAAAUGACGUAAUUAUUAAAGCCGGUACUCAGGGUGACUGUAUGUUCUUUUUGUCUUCUGGGACUGUUGCGGUUUUGACACCAACUGGAAAGGAAAUGUGUCAUUUGAAUGAUGGUGCUCAUUUCGGCGAAGUCGCACUUUUAGUGGCAGAUCAGAGAAGAAUAGCUAGUAUUGUGGCGAUUCAAGUUUGUGAGGUGUAUCGAUUGGAUCGUAAAGAUUUUCGUCAGUGUAUAGAUGUACAUAGCGAAUUAUUCGCAGAGAUUGAACGCAUUGCUACGGAACGCAUAGAAAGAACUAUCAGAGCUGAGGAACAACACAAGCGGUUUUUAAUGCGUCCUAGUCGCGUACCGAAUUUACGUAACAGAGCAACGAACAUUUGACCUUAUAUAUUAUAUUUUAAUUAUUGUUUCAUUUUAUUGUUUACAUUUUAUGUCAAUUUUUUCAUCUCCGAGGAUUUAUUCAAUAUUUCUCUAAUGUUUAAAUUACAAUCAGUGAAAUCGAUGAUAAUACACAGAUUUUCAGUGGCAUAUUUAUAACUUGUUAAUCAGUGAAAUAAAUGCAUUGAUCUUUCAGUGAAUAUACAUUAAUUCCGAAGUGAAAAUCACUAAAAGAUAAUGAAUACUAAUUGUCACAGAUAUAAGUAUACUAUGCAAUUACUGAUAAUAUAUUGAUUGCAAUUUAGAGAGUAUGUUAUUACAUUGUUAUUAUGUAGAAUUAUGGUAAAACGUUUUAUUGUUACAGUAUCAUUAUAAGCUAGGAAUUAAAAAAAAAUUGAUUUUAUAAAUAAUCUCGUUGAUUAAUUUUUUCAUCAUAAAAUAAUAGAAAUCAUUUUUUGAUAAUGUAAUCAUAUAUAUUUAAGGAUCUUAUAUAUUAUUAUUGUCCGUAUACAAUAAUCGCAGAUAAUGGCAUUUUUUCGUACAUAUAUAUCUAUUUUUAUUAAAAUUUUAUUCAUGUAUGUGUGUGUAUGUACGCGUGCGCACACAUGUUAAUCAUUAUCUACGAUACCUACAAUUAUAAUUACAUUUGCUAAGACUUUACGAUAUCACUGUUGUGAUGAGCUGUAUAUUUUUAUUGAUAUAAUGCAUAAAGGUUAUAAAUGGUGAUUUUUUUCUUUUUAAUCUUCUUUAUAUAGAUCAAGUUUGUAAAAUUCUUAAAAUGUACACACACACACAUGCACGCACGCACGUACUCACGCAUACGCAUACGCAUACGAACACACGCACACGCACACACGUACAUACACAUAUUGAUCGUGAUGAAAUAUCGCCGAUAUUGUAAUGUCAAGAUAGGAAAUGAGCGCGACACUUUGUUGAUAUAACGAGGAAGACUGCGGAUCAUUAUCAAUAGCCGUCAUUAUGCGCGAGGUAAGUUUCAACGAAUUUAUGAAAAUCGUGGUCCUAAUUAAUUAAUUUGAAUUUUUUAUGCAAUCGUAAUGCUAGACGCAAUCUACGGACAUCGGUACCACGACACUAUACGGGAUAUGUCACCCUUUUAUGAUGCGUGGUUAAUAACGUAAAAUUAAUAGUGUGUUUGAAAAUUAUACUGUAAAAUAAUGAGGCAUGUUUCGAGACUGCAACGUCUCAAAUUGUACAAUGUAAAUAAUUAUUUACAAUAGAACGAAUUAGUACCGGUGAUAUAUGUGCCUAGAAUAAGGCGUACCUUGCGAUUUUAAUGCAAUUACCUUUUCUCGUAAUUCUUUGUGUUCCAUUUGUUUUUUCUCUUCUAUUAUAAAUUCCGAAUCUGUGAAAA